AUGCCUAAAGUUGGUGGAAGAAGAAAAAAAACAAGAACACACAAGGAAGAAGGACCUGAAGGGGAUGAAAUCAUUGGAAAGGUCCCUAAAUCCAUAAUUUUCAGAAGAGGCAAGUUGAACAAGCCAUUAAAGCAAAUAGUUUAGGAUUAUAGAGAAAUUAUGUAUCCCUAUACAGCUAUGAAAUUAAAAGAAACUGAUAAAACUAAGAUAAAAGAUUAUUUAUCUGCAAGCAAGGUUUAUGGCAUGACUCAUAUGACCAUUUUAACUUCAACAGAAAAUCAUAAUUACAUUAGAUUUAUAAAGAACCCUGAAGGACCUACAAUUACUUUUAAGAUUAUCUCUUAUUGCACUAGAAGAGAUGUUUAAACUGCAAGCAAAAGAAAUAAAGCAUUUUCAAGAUAAUUUUAACCUGCUAUGCUCAUAUUAAAUGGAUUUAACAAACAAGCUACUGCUAGCGUUAGAAAUCCUCCUACUCUUCCUUAAUAAUAAAUUGUUGCUUAAAUGAUUUAAUCAAUGUUCCCUCCCCUUUCAUUAAAAAACACAAAAGCUAAUAACUUACAAAGAGUUAUCUUAUUCAGUUAUGACAAUGAAAAAGAUGUUGUAAAUAUGCGUCACUAUCACAUCUAGUUGGUACCAACUGGAGUUAAUAAAAAUAUUAAAAAGAUCAUUAAGCAAGAUAAAAAGACUCCAAACUUAAGCAAAUUUAAUAGCUUUGCAGACUUUAUUCAAAAUAAAAAAUCUGUAAGUGGAUUUGCAAGCGAAAGUGAUGCAGAUGAGCUUCCUGAUUCUAAAAUUGAUGUUUAACAAAAAUCAUAUAUUUCUGGCAAAGACUCUUUCAAAAAGCAAUACAACAUUAAGUUACAUGAAAUAGGACCUAGAUUGAAAUUGAGAUUAUAUAAAAUUGAAGAAGGUCUCUUAAGAGGUAACGUAGUCUAUAACAGAAGAGUUGUUAAGACUGCUGAAGAAGUUGAAAUUCAAAGAAAAGAAAUUUUACGUAAGGAGCUUGAAAAGGAAAAGCGUAGAAAAGAAAUGGAAAAGAUACUUAAAGCAAAGGAAAGAGAAUAAAAGAAGAAAAUAAAAGAUAAGGAAGAAAAAAGAAAGUAAAAAGCAGAAGAGAGAAGGUUAAAAGAAGAUGAUGGAGAAGAAGAGGAAGAAGAAGAAGAAAACCAAGAAGAAAAUGAAAGUGAAAUUGAUGGAGAGUAAAGCGAAUAAGAAGAGUUCGAUAAUGAAGAUGAAGGAGAUGACUUUGAUCAUGAUAAAUAUAAUAUGGAAUUUUCUGAUGAGGAUUAAAAUGGAAACAAUAACCAAUCCAAAUAGAAUACACAAAAGAAAGAUAAAGCUUAGAAAAAGACAUUGACUAAGGAAAAUUUUGAAUAAGAUGAAAUAGAUUCUGAAGAUGAGCUUUAAAAUUUAGAGAAAGAGCUCCAAAAGAUUCAAAAUAAAAAAAAUAAGUAUUAAUAUGACGAUGAAGACGAUUAUGAUGAUGAAGACGACGAUGACAAUGAUGAUUAAGAUGAUGAAGACGAUGAUGAAGAUGAUGAAGAAGAUGAAUAAAUUGAUGAAGACGAUGAUGUUGAAUAUGACGAUGAUGAAGAAGAAGAAGAAGAUUUAGAAUAGGAAGAAGAAGAGUCUGAUGAAGAAGUAAAAGAACCUAAAUUAAAAAAGAAAAAUAAAAAGAACUGA